AUGUUAUCUCCGCUAGCACGAGUUUACCGAUCCACAUGGUUGACGGUUGAUGAUGGUGGCCGCGCUUCUCCAUGCAUCCGGUUUCGAAUGGUGGUUUAUCGCUCUGUGGGUGGCUUACCGGGCGUCCAGUUUUUUCGUGCUGCUAGUUGGCAGGCCUUCGCCAAAACCUCAAGGUGUUUGUACACUACGCAGUCAGUAGAGGAACGAUACGAAGCACUUCAAUCUCUGUGCAGGCAGCUGAUAAUGAGCGAACCUCCUAUGCCGAAGAAACUUCGCGGACUACAAUCUCCGGCUGGUGAG